AUGUCGCUGGAGCCACCCACCUACCUCAGUUCCCUCCAGAAUAACAUUCGAGCUCGACCAAUUCCGUGGGAGGGUGCUGUUCGAGCGGGCAACAUCACCGAUGACCACCUGAAGAAGAUCAAGGCCGUGGACAAGGUGCGCAAGGAGCAGCGCCGCCAGACGAUAGAAGGAGAUCUUGCUGGAUAUACAGAUCUGUUGGCCGGUGGCGCACAGGGGAAGAGUGUCUUGGACUCGGCCUCUCGAAGGACCGAUAUCGUGCAGUAUAUACUGGUGCUAGCCUCGGACUUGAUCCAAGAUGUGCCCUCUCUGGCAAACUCGCUUGUGUCUCAUCCAGAACCCUACAGGCCAUUCUUACCCUUCCUGCAGCACUCGUCAAACGCCGAAGACCCCAUCCCUCUGCUCACGUCCACCUUCCUCACGGCCCUCGUCUCACACAGUCUUAUUACAUCUUCCAAGCCCGCACCGCGCGACAAUGAGGCUCUCCCACAGCUCUACGCCUAUCUCUCCACCUUAACCAAGAAUCAGGACAGUGGGCUCCAAGAUAUUGGCGUACAAGGGUUCUCAGACCUGCUGAGAACAAGUCGAGCCCGAGAAAUAUUUUGGGCACAACGCCAAGAGACUCUCAAUCCCUUGAUCGACACUCUUCGAACUGCAGCGGGAGCCAAAGAUAGUGUAAGUACAUUGGGAAGCAGUAGCCGCGGUGUCGAGCCCGGCCUUGCUGGUGGUGUUGGCCUCCAACUUCUCUAUCGCGUUCUUCUAGUGCUGUGGCAACUUUCGUUUGAGGGUGCUCUCGUUGGUGAUGAACUUCAAGAAAACUAUGAAAUCAUCCAACUCUACACUCACCUUCUGCGACUCUCACCGAAGGAAAAGACUACUCGCUUGCUUCUUGCAACUUUGUACAAUCUUUGCUCCAGCAACCCGACGACCCUACUGCCUAUUGCGGUGUUCGUUCGGCUCCCCGCCCUCCUGACCAACUUGACUGGCCGUCACCUGACUGACCCCGAUCUGCUCGAGGAUCUCGCCGCGCUCUCUUCGAUGUUGGAUGAAUACACCAAGACACAGACUACCUUUGACGAAUAUGCCGCUGAGGUCCAGUCAGGUCAUCUGCGCUGGUCGCCCCCUCACAAGAACCCGACAUUCUGGAAAGACAACGCGCGGCGCAUCGUUGAGGAGUCGAACGGCGCUUUGCCUAAGAAAUUGGUCGAGAUUUUGUCCAAAAGCUGGGACAAUGACAAGCAGGUGCUGGCUAUCGCUUGCAGUGAUGUAGGAAACCUGGUGAAGGAGGUCCCGGAACGCCGUGGACAACUGGAGCGAUUGGGCCUGAAGGCGCGGGUGAUGGAACUAAUGGCCGAUAAAGAUGAAUCAGUGCGAUGGGAGAGUUUGCACGCCGUUGGCGAAUGGCUUCGGUAUACCUUUGAGGGCUGA